AUGAAUGGCGGCGAUUUGAAAAAGGCUGCUGCCGCUGCUGCUAACGGUACUGCGGGCAAGAAACGCAGGAAGGCCUCUGAUCUCAAGCCCAUCAUCACCAACGAGGAGUCUGAUCCAGCUACCAUGUCCAGCACCCAACAGAAACUUUCAUAUAGUUCGCCCCUGUCGCGAGCUUCGUCGUCCUCGUCAGAGGAAGAAGUCGACGCUGCAGACGAGGAAGACUCCGAGGACUACUGCAAGGGGGGCUACCACCCUGUCUCCGUCGGCGAGUCCUACAACAACGGCCGGUACAUCGUGGUCCGCAAGCUCGGCUGGGGCCAUUUCUCGACCGUCUGGCUGUCCCGCGAUACCACCACGGGCAAACACGUCGCCCUCAAAGUCGUGCGCUCUGCCGCCCACUACACCGAGACCGCCAUAGACGAAAUCAAGCUUCUCAACCGCAUAAACAGCGCCAACCCUGACCAUCCGGGCCGCAGACAUGUCGUCAGCCUGCUCGACUCGUUCGAGCACCGUGGGCCCAACGGAGUGCAUGUCUGCAUGGUCUUCGAGGUCUUGGGCGAGAACCUGCUCGGCCUCAUCAAGCGCUGGAACCACAGAGGCAUCCCCAUGCCCCUCGUCAAGCAGAUCACAAAGCAGGUCCUCCUCGGCCUAGAUUACUUGCACCGCGAGUGCGGUAUCAUCCAUACCGAUCUCAAACCUGAAAACGUCCUCAUCGAGGUUGGAGACGUCGAGCAGAUCGUCAAGUCUUGCGUCAAGGAUGAAGAGAAGAAGGCCGAUACCAGAGACGAUAACAGAAAUGGCAGACGGAGACGGAGAACUCUCAUCACAGGCAGCCAGCCGCUCCCCAGCCCGCUCAGCGCCAGCUUCAGCGGCGGGGACCCUUUCCGCAAUGUGACUCCCUCCAUGCAGAGCUCCCAUAGCAGCCUCAACCAGGUCCUUGCUGAAUCUCCUCUCUCUGCUACUCCUACCACUCCCUCCAAGCAAUCCAUGAAAGAUAAACUAGGAAUAAAGGAUUCGGACGCAGCUGCCGACGAAAAACAGAAACAAAGAGAAAAAACUACCGACCUGCUUGAACGCGAAGUCUCAGGCAUCUCCCUCAACAAAGAUACAGACCAGUCCAUGGCCGGCGACCAGUACACCAUCGAUAUUAUCUCCGUUAAGAUAGCCGAUCUGGGUAACGCCUGCUGGGUUGGACACCACUUCACAAACGAUAUUCAGACCCGCCAAUACCGCUCGCCAGAAGUCAUCCUCGGAGGCAAAUGGGGAGCCAGCACUGAUAUCUGGAGCAUGGCUGCAAUGGUAAGCGACCCGCAUAGCUCUCACCUGAUCCUCAGUCACUAA